AUGGAUAUUGAUUCCCAUCCUUCUCUGCCUGGUCAACGGCACGGCCAGGCAACACAGCCGGGACUUGAUAGCGGCACCAAUUCGUCGCAAAGCCAAACACAGUCCAUCACUAAUUCACAGACCUCCAAUGUGACCUCUGCAACCGAUCAAGUCGUCACGCCGCCUGGUAGUGAUGCCAGUGGCGGCAUGGAACGCCCUCCAGCCGCGGAGGUAACAGCCAUGUUGAAAAACAGAUAUGCCAACGUUCGACCAGAAGCAUUACCAGGUGCAUCCAGCCAGGAUAGUCAGCUGCACCAACUGUCUGCCAUAGCUGCCGUCCAAGAUAGACUGGGACUGGAGACGCCCGGUUAUUCGAGAAAGAGAAUGGCGGACGGCGAGGUCAAAGCUCGCGGCGGAAGCGUGAGUCCGGUGAAAGGACAUUCGCGAAAUACAAGUGCCGUCAGCGUCACCUCGACGACUGGCAGCACGAUUGGCGAGCUUUCUGCGGAGUUGAGGACCCGGCUAUCCUACGCCAUGGUCAAAGUGAAUAAUGGAUGGCAGACGAGAAACCUGGAUGAGGUUGAGAGCCUGGCCUCACAAGCUGCUUCUCCAACCUCCAGCACGUCUACCGUGCACCGAAGAAGCGGAUCUUCUUCCAGUCCACGGUUAACGUUGAGUGUACCGUCCUCUCAGGUCCAGUUCGCCCGCGAGCCUGUCAACUUUCGAAGGAAAUCGAAUUCUCCGCCAACAGCCAUGUCCAAUAAGCCAGCUUUGGCUCCGCCAGCUUCCAUCCAGCCGUCUUCAUCGAUGCCUGCCCCUAGGUCGAAUCCGCGACGCAACUCCAACCCCCGAUAUACGCCUACCAUGCUCUCUCACUCACAUUCAGCGUCUCCACGCGUAUCUGCUCAGACAACGCCUAUAAGUAAUGGACUCGCACGAUCUCAAAGCCAUCUGGACCAUACUAUGUACUCACCGCACAAAAAUGUCAGGGAGCAGGAUGCCAUCGAAACUCUUUUAUUUAUGAGCAGCCCUGGGAACUCGACCAACUUGAAACAUACAUUCUCGCCCUCAGGAUCACCUGGACCACACUCAAGUGCACCGCCACGAAGUGUUGGUGAGCGGCAUGCUCUCCCGUCGGGCCCAAGACGCGGUUUGCCAGCGAACCGUCCACCCCUUCCCGCCAAGAAGGUUGGAUUCGACAAGUCACCGGCCAUGCUUCCUCCACACUCACCCAUGGAUUUGGAUUCGCCACAGCAGCAACACCAGCACUACACCACUCCCAAUAGGUCCACUCCAAAACGACAGGCUACGAGCUUGACAAGCCGUCACAGGACCACAUUAUCAUUGCCCAGCGGUCUUGGCCUCGGGAACGGAACCGCCCGAAAAGUUCUGCGAGAUGAAGACAUUGAGCGUAUGCUUGAUCAUGCAGGGGCGGAGCUGGCGGACAGUUCUGAUGAGGAGAUUCAGCUGCCGCCGAGUCGUAACCGACUGGCUGGCGCUAUGGGCGUUUAA